AUGGAGACUGGACAUGGCCUAAACGCUGAUGACAAUCAUGGCAAUGACCAAAGAAUACCAUUUCAGAUCUUCCCCGAGCCAGUGGAAGUCAUCCUGUCUCCUCAAACCUUUGUGAACCACGUGGAGCAGCAGAAGGAGCGCCUGCCUUCUAUUGUGGUGGAGCCCACUGACUUGAGUGAGGUGGAGAGUGGAGAACUGCGAUGGCCCCCGGAGAACAUUGACCUGGAGGAUGAUGAGGAGGACCUGUUCCUGGAGCAGUGCAUUCCUCCUGCAAACAUCGCAGACUGGGGAGAGGAUGACGAGGAGGAGACAUCUGUCAUAUUCAACCCACAGCCUGGACUUACUCUUAUAGAUCUUCAGUCUGAUGCAUUUCGAGAUGAUACACCUACACUCCCACCGAGCAACGCUUCAGUUCUAAAAUGA